ACAUUUACAUAUCGGCAAUCAUAUAUAUGCAUCAAAAAAUCCAUAAGUUAACAAUAACUGCACAAGUUUCCAAGUACCUAGUGAUGGUGUGAAUUUUUAUACAUGAAUAUCUUGACAUGAAAAUCUACAUGAGUCUUCUAUAUGCAUGUUCGUUGUCAUUGUACAUUGAAGGAUCCCAGCCAAAUGUACUUGAUAAUUACUCUGACAAUUCCAUUAAAGAAGAUACAGUUAGUAAAUGGAUUCUUAAUACAGCGAAAAAGAAGAAAAAUAAUGAUGAAGCGUAUAUUAUAUAUUCAGCAGAUUCUACCCCGGAUACUAAGAUAUUAACGAUUAGAAAGAGAAUAUUUGAAGAAAGACAACAGAUCGACCCUGAAAACGAGCCAGUUGUUUAUGUAGACAAUCCCGUAGAAGCCCAAUUGCCUUGUCGCUGGAUUAGGCGAAGUUUAUUAAGGGAAGUAAUAAAAGAACGUGGAAAGGGAAACUUUAUUGCAAAAAAUCUAGAAGAUUUAACAAAACAUUGUAUGAAACAAAGCGAAAUGAUCAACAUCAGAGUCAAAUUACAUGAAACCACAAAAGAACCUACUGUAAUAGUCGAAAAUCCUGUCGAAGCUAAUAUAGCAUGUCCUUUUAUUUCACGAAGCAAAUUAAGGACGAUAAUCUUAAAUCGUGCAAAGGAUAACGUGAAUGGAAUAGAUAAAACUGCAGAAAAUUCAGUAUUUUUUAGGUUACCAAUCGAAUGUGCCAGACAACAACAAGAAAUUACACAAAUUAAAGGUGCAAAUGCCUAUCUUUUUAUAUCUUUCAAAAAUGUAAGAAAUAAAUACUCUCUUCUAGUUUACAUAAAAUGUGCGUAAGCACACUUAGCAAACAUAUUCGAUCUAUAAAAUAUUUUCUGAUUAUUUACAUUUAUUAGACUAAUGUAGGCACUGUAGAGAAAUUUGAUGCCUUCUACAUAAAUGUUAUAGGUACUGUACUUACUCACUACAACUUACGAUUACAGGUACCACGAAUACAUAUUUUACAAGAUCAUCAAGAGAUAAUUGUAUGUCUACUACAACGCAAGCUAACAUUUGCGCUACAAUAACUACAACUACGACAAGAAAAUCUUUUGUAUCUACUAAGAUGAAUGCCAUUGCUUUUAUUAUGAUGGUGUCAAUGAUACCAAGAAAUACCUUUGUAACUUCUUCUUCAAGAGCAACCACUUACAUUACUAGAUCUUCAGGCAAUUCUAAAAGUAUAUUUGGACCUCCAUCGGCUCCAUCAAUGGGUGCCUCUAUUUAUGACGUUACGCCUAUUUAUAUGAAUAACUUUUUUAAUACAGGUGUACCCAAAACUACUCAAAAAAAUACUGCAAUAAGAUCCUCUAUUGAUACUGAUCAACCCAAAGCGACACAAAGUAUUACCGUAGAACCUGCUGUAACGAAUACUACCACUUCUGAUACUAGGUUUUCAAUUAGUCCAAAAAAUAUUUCUGCACCUACUAUUGAUAUCGGUAAACCUAAAACAACUCAGAAAAACACCUUCGACCUUACUACGGCAAGUUCCAAUACUUAUGCAAUUAGAUCUUCAACCAGUCCAAGAAAUAUUCUUGAACCUACUCCAGUGAGAGCAUCUCUUUAUAUUAGUAGACCCAAAAAAGCACAAAGUAAUUCCAUUAAUCGCGCUGUUACAAGUACCACCAAUUCUGUAAUUAGGUCGUCAAUCACUUCAAGAAUUACUAUUGAACCCACUACAAUGACAGCCUCUUUUGAUACGGAUACACCCAAAACGACUCAAAGAAAUACCUUUGAACCUACUCUUACGAGUGCCAUCACUUAUUCUAGUCGGUCUUCAAUCAAUCCAAGAAAUACUAUGGAACCUACUGCAACGACAGUCUCUGUUCAUACUGAUAAACUCCAAACGACUCAAAGAAAUACCUUUGACCCUAGUUUUACGAAUACCACCACUUAUACUAGUAGGUCUUCAAUAACUCCAAGAAACACCAUGGAACCUACUACAACGACUGCCGCUGUUCAUACUGAUAGACCCAAAAUGACUCAAAAAAAUAGCUUGGAAUCUUCUGUUACGAGUUCUGACCUUUAUUCUAGUAGGUCUUCAGUCAGUCCUAGCAAUACCUAUGGACGUACUGCGACGAGUAUUACCGCUUCCACUAUGACGUCUUUAACCGCCCAAAAAAAUACGAAUGUACUUAUAGUAAAUGAAACUAUAUUAAGUACGCUUUUCAAACUCUUUGAUACAACGACUAGAAAUAUAAGGAUAAAAAGAACUAGAACUGCGAGUAGAAGGAAUAGAAGGUUAAAGACCAGUACAAGACCACUGUUUUCACAUGGAGAUUAUGAAUAUUAAACAAAUUAAUAACAUUUUGGCAAAAAAAUAAUUUUGGAUACAAGCUUUUAUCACAGGCAACGAAUACUCAUCGAGACAAUUAUAAAAACCCCAAAACACAUUUAGGUUGCGUUGUUUUAUCACAGAGUUCCUAUGGCCACCUCUUGUCUCCAUCAUCGGAUAAGCUCGAUGGUACCAUAAUAUUGCAUUGUCAUCCGGCUUACACAUGUAUACAAAUUUUCAGCUUCAUCGGAAACCGGAAUUUAAAUUUUAAGAUUUGACCCGUACAAACAUACCAGUACAUAGUCACAUACGGUCACGUCUAAAAAAAUAUCUAUACACGACUUUAUUGCCUAUAUAUUAAAGUAGUGUAUACAAAUUUUAUGGCACAUUUUUCGUAUCGAUAUUUUAAGACGUGAUAUAGUUUAAUUGCAAAUGAAAAAAAAAAACAAGAUAAAUAAAAGCUUGUAAUAAAUAAUAACAUAUCAAUAACCCUACAGUAUUCGCGACAUAUUUAAAAGGAUUAAUCAUCGUGUCGAAAACAGAGGGCCUAGCUAAGAUGCCAAUCGUUUGCUCAGAAGCGAACGAAACUGUAAUCUCUCUAUCACUCUGCCAUAUUAGUGAGACAGAGAUACAUAAGCGUUUCGUUCGCUACUGUACAAGCGAUUGGCAUCUUGGCUAGGCAACCUGAUUAGGUACUUAAAAACAUGAAUAAACUAUUUGUAUAAACUGUUGUGAUUUUCAUUGAUCCGAAUUUUGAAGAUUUAUAUUACCUAUAAGGUCUGGGCGUUAAGUAAUUCGUAAGUGAUUAAGAGAAUCCUUGUGUAUUUUAGAUUGAAAAAUUGUCAGAGCCAUCGGGACAGAUCAGAUCACACAAACCCGGAUCUGAAUCAGACCUUAAAACGUCAGAAUACAUUUUUGAUAUUAAGUUUAUCUGUUUCGUAUUUAUGAAAGAUAUGAAGUACGCACGUAUUGUAGAUGUAAAAUUUAAAUCGAAUAUCUUUUGAAAUAGACCGCGCUAACUUACUGAAAAGACUAGGGUCGUCCACAGAGUUACUAAGCUCAAAAGUUGAUGUAGAAAGUAUGGAGAAUGACCGAAAUGGGCAGUUGAGGACUGACUGGUUAAUCCGAACAAUUCCGGGGAGCACUCCCUGUUAUACAUGCGAUAGAAAAUGCAGAGCGAGACCAUAUCCUACGCAGCGCCAAGGAGUCAAGACGAUCCGAAAUACGCUGGCAGUCGACAAGGGAGAACCUGGUACUGGGGUGUCCCUGCACAUAGAUGAGAACAAUAUUCCAUAUUUGGGCGAACGUGCCUACGACAUUAAAUUAGGUUAAUACCGAUGAUCCAAGGAACAACGUGCCAAGCGGCAUCGCCUGAGACAAAAGUGCAUACUGAUCCAUACAUUUUGCACUUACUUUCUCCACUAAUAAAUUGCAUUUAUAUAAAGAUACUAAUCAUUAAUUCAAUGACUGACAUUGAAACAUGAAAGUUACUUAUUCAAUCGAAACAUCUAUAAAUCAAAGUCCGGCGACCUUUAUUUAAAGUAUUCAAGGACCAUUGCUUUUUUCCGGGGAAUGUUUCAAAGUCCGGCGACCUUUAUUUAAAGUAUUCAAGGACCAUUGCUUUUUUCCGGGGAAUGUUCGAAUGGAUUCCGCCAGUUUCUUUCCCGCACGAGAAAAACCGGACUAAAUUUUAU